AUGGACAACACUCUCACAAGAAGUCACAGUUUGAAGCCCCCCAGGCGCAAACUCCAAAAACCUGACCCGAAGCUCAAAAGCCUCAACAAAGCUAAGCGCGGUUCUACCGACUCGACCAUGUCUAGCCUCAGCCCUCAGAGCACUAUGUCUUCACCGUCGCAACGACAAAUUCAGAACGGCGCUCCCGAUUUGAGCGAUUCAAAGUGGGAUCAUUAUCUUCGACCAAAGACGGUCUUUGUGCCCUCGUUUUCAGAGCCCGAGGACCAUCUUCAGCCCGAGAUCAAUUCACCACAUGAACCGCCUCAGCAACAGCAACAUCAACAGCACCAGCACCAUCAGUACCAACAUGAGCCUGAACCCGAGCCUCCGAGGGCAUUCUUCAGUCCUCCGCCACGAAGACAGUCUUCUCAGCGCCAAAUCCCAGAAUUCCACCAUUUGACUCUCCAGGAUCACCAUGCGCGACCGUCAUUGGACAGCUCUUCUCUCCCUUCGACCGCAUCAACUACCUCGACAUCCUCUAUCAUGCGACGCCAGGCCAAAACACCCGUCUUUCGAAUCGGACAACUAGAGCAACAUGCACUUGCGCGUAAGGCGAGGGAUGUGCCGGAGAAGACAUCGAGCGUUGAAUUGAUCGCUGACCAAUACAACGCUGUCCUUGAGUCGAGAGAUGGUCCCCCAGCGCUGGACUCACAAUUACCAUCACGAGCAUCGACAUAUUCAUUCGACGAUACCCCUCUUCAGAUAUCACCCCACGGAGCCAAGCGACAGAGUUUGCGGUCCUCAAACACGUAUUCAUCCAUGACGGCUAUACCCCGUCAGCUGAGACCCAGGCUCAGGUCAGCAGCGACUCACGAUACGAAUGUGGCUGCCGUUGAAGGAGACACUAUUUACUUCAAGCCAUAUUCCUUCUCACCACCACCAUCUCCCGAUCAGACCCCCGGAACACCACGAGGUUCUUGGACAGAUGAAUUUCGACCACCUUCAUCCUCAGGGCACUCAUUCCAGGAAAACAUCAGCCUUCAAAUAGCGCUCGAUCUACUCACGAGCGAAUUAUCAUCCGUUGUGUCAGGCCGACCACAGCGAAACGGACAAGAUACUGCAGCACUGCAGGUCUGGGUUAUGAUCGAGGCUUACGAGAGACUGCGCGAUCAACUAACACGACAACAAUCAUCAAACGCGGAGGCACAAAAAGUGGCAACCAUGUUCGACUGCUGGUUGGCCUCCCUUUACUCGAUCCAUUCCUCCCUCACAGAGAGCACAUUGCCCAGUCCCACAGAAUAUGCAGGACUAGAAGAAGAUUUGGAUUAG